AUUUCACAAAAGCAAGACUGGAUGAUGUACAGUGUCUAUCUCCUUUUAUUUAUUCUGACUUUACGGACAGAUGGAUUUACCUUGGGCGAUGUGCAGUGCAACUAUGUUUUCGAGCAGAAAUGCCGCGGAGACGCGAGUAACUACAACUUGGUUACUUAUGAUUCCUCAGUUAUUAAUUAUUGUUCGGUCGAAGAUGUUCCUGCUGAGAUCAACUUCACUGUGAUACCUGCUGAAGGAGGGGAAUGGACAGAUUUCCUCAGGAUUGAUUUUGAGGCUCCUAAGACGGAGUGUGGAUAUGGAGUCGCCUUAUUGGUCGAGCCGUCCAUCAAGGAUGAAAGAGAAUGUUUACGGUAUAAGUUCGAAAAAGCUGAGGAUAUCAGCAGAAAAAUACAUACCAUAGAGAGGUCUUUGUGUGUUCUCGCAAAUAAUUCUAAUCAACUUGUAAGAUAUAAUGAUAAUUCAACAGCAUCCUUGUGCAAGGAUAAUAUUUCGCUGGAGUUCUAUUACAUAUUCACAGGAUGCUACGCACUUCGGUUUCAUAUCGGUAGACAAAGAUACAUAAUAAGGGGCCAUACAUUUUUGAAUACUACUUAUAAGCGUGUGGAAGUUGCGGAACCGGAGUUCACCUGUAAAUACGACGUAUAUCGUACUUUUGAUCAAAGACAUGAAAUAACAAAUUUCACAUUGGACGCUUCGUUAUCGGCAGAUACAGGAUUAUUACUUAAAGUGGGAUUAAUAUCGGAUCCUAAUAAGACUGCGCCUUGCACCUGGGGUGAAAAGCCUAUGCGUAUGUGGAAAGUUGACCUGGAGGCAUCGGAAAAUCCUAAUUGCAAUAUAAAUAUGAUGCGGGGAAACGGGAAGACUGUGCAGUGCAAUUAUCAAGUACAAAAUAUACAAACAGCAAGUUAUUGUUUCGUACUGUUCGUAAUCGACGAACGGUGUCACGAAAACACUAUCUGGAAGCCGCCGAUGUCGUCACCGGUGAACAAAAAUAUAACGUGCACGUGGUUGAAGCGUUGCACCAGAACCUUCGAAGACUCGCAGCACGUUGAGACCGUAACGAAGUCGACUAAGACGCAGCACACAAGCUCGUAUCUGUUGUUGCCGAUCAUUGCGAUCGUAUUGGUCGUAUUGGUGAUAGUUGUGACGUUAUAUUUCAUGCAUUAUUUGCGCAUUCGCAACGAGGGGGUCAAUCUGUACGUGAAUCCGCAACAGGAUGACUUCACGAAUCCCAGCUGCCUCAAGUCCGUCGACUUCGACAUCGUUGAGAACAACGACAACGAGAAGGUUAUCGAUCGUGACAAUCUCACAUACGACGACAUCGUUCUCCUAUACACCAAAAGCUCGGUGUCUUUUAUGGCGAUGAUGAAGGACUUUCGCGAGAUGCUUACCAAAAUGUGUUCCUGCACCGUGCAUGACUGGCACGACGGCGCUGAAUGGAAUGAUGUAGCUAGGGUCGGCGCUGUUUUAUGGUUCACCGAAUUGCUUGACAGCGGAUGCCGCGUUAUUUGGAUAGAUAUGCCGGCCACAAGAUCCGUGGUUAUAUCAAACCCGAGGGCGAGCGACACGAACUUGAAUAAGCUCAGCAAAUAUGAGAUAGGCGACUUCCGCGACGUGGCGUUUCCCGUGGUACUUGAAUCGGCAAAACGCAAUAUGAAGGAUCUCAUGUUUCAGUACCGCAAACACUUCGUCGUGAGAUUCGAAGGCCUGGAAAGCCUGGAGAAUCUGAACGAUCCGUUCCUGGAGCUCUCGCCGCACGCGCGUUACCUCAUGCCGCAGCAUUUUGCGCAGUUAUGCUCGGACCUGUCGGCGACGAAACCAGCGGGCACGAGAUACGAGAUGAAGGCGGAGGAGGAUCUCCUGCAGCAGCGCUUGAAAUUCAUCAAGAUGGAGUCAAUAAUGUGAAAACGUCGACUGAUCAUGUUCUCAUAGGACGUCAGCAUUAUCAACUUCACUGGCUGGCCGACAUCACGGAUACACUUCAUUCGCGUUUCUCCGACGACGCGAAACGCUUGCGGAAGCGAAAAUUUCAUCGAAGAUACUACCUCAAACCCCGAACGUCAUUCGUUCGUUCGUUCGUUCGUUCGUUCGUUCGUUCGUUCGUUCGUUCGUUCGUUCGCGAUGGACGCGCAUGUUUUUACUCAGUGGGCGCGGCGGUGUGUGCGUUUACGUGUGUUUAAGUUUCAAUGGAACUUCAUAGAUUUAUCGUGCCGACACGGAGAUGUAUAUAUUUGUGACAUAUGGAGUAUGUAUUUUUAUUACGUGUUUUGAGAAAUAAAAUCCUCUUUGCGAUA